AUGGCGGACGUCAAGCCCGAGGACAAGCCUGUGGAUGAUCACAGCGCCGAGAACAACAGCGUCGCCGACGAUGAGAACAACCACGAUGAGGUGCGCAAAGACAAUAAGCCUUCUACGGCCCUUAGGCUUCGCGUAGAGGAGGAAAUCUCGGCAAUGAAGCGACGUGUCGCCGAGAUGGAAGAGGAGGCGGCCAAGCUGCGCGAGAUGCAAGCGAGCCUGAACCAGCAGGCCCAAGACCUCAACACCGACGACAAGCAAGACGUCGACAGCCGCAGCAUCUUCGUCGGCAACGUUGACUACUCCGCCUCCCCCGAGGAGAUUCAGGCGCACUUCCAGAGCUGCGGCUCCAUCAACCGCGUUACCAUCCUGCUGGACAAGUUCACCGGACAACCCAAGGGGUACGCCUACGUCGAGUUUACCGAGCCCAGCCUUGUCGCCCAGGCCCUCGUUCUGAACGAGAGCAUCUUCAAGGGUCGCAACAUCAAGGUCGUUCCCAAGCGGACCAACGUCCCUGGUAUGUCCAGAGGCCGCGGUCGCGGUGGAUUCCGUGGAGGUCGCGGCGGCUUCGGCGGCCGUGGUGGUGGAUUCCCUCCCCGCGGUGGUGGCUAUCGGGGAGGUUACCGUGGCCGAGGAAGAGGCGGAUACUCCCCGUAUUAG